UGCACCACGUGCUUUUUAUGACAAAAAUACUGACUGCCAAGCGUAUCUCUCUCCAGGAUAUGAACGGGUGUUUGACAGAAUGGUGGACAGACGGAUUGAAAAGAUGCCACGAGACGACCUUCCCGAGUUCUUCCGAGCCUGUGGCCUUCACCCUACAGAAGGGGAGAUAAACGCUGCGUUCAACACAAUCUUCCGAGGUGCGGGUAACACAGCGGAAGUGGUGUUCGUGCUGGACUGCUCUGCCAGCCUCGGUCCCGUCAACUUCAAGUGCCAGCUCAACUUCUUGAAGGACAUCAUCAACGACCUGGACGUGGCCGCAGACCGCAUCAGGGUCGGACUUGUGCCCUAUACUGAAAGCGUGUUCGAAUCAUUCGGCCUCACUCGUUUUAAAACCAAACAGGACAUUAUUGAAAGAAUAGAUCAAAUCAAGUUCAAGGCUGGACUGACCCGUACUGACCUCGCCCUGAAGAUGAUGAGGGAGAUAUUUCAGUCAUCACGCCCGGGGGUGCAGAAGGUGUGCCUGGUGAUCACCGACGGCAAGUCACAUGACGUGAACCUCACCCUCAGAGAGGCGAGAAGGGCACAGCAGGACAAUAUAGACAUUUAUACCAUAGGUGUUGGAUAUGACGUGGAUCUGGAGGAGCUCAAGUGUAUAGCAUCCUCGGAGAAGAACGUGCACACUGUGUCCGAAUACAAGGCUCUGGCCAACCUCAAGGACCUUCUCCAGAAGAGGAUCUGUCUAGGGAGUGACCAAUCCCCGUCAGACAGGCACGUGCAGCCGGUGCGAGACGCGUGCAGACCUUUAGUCAGGGACGAGGCUCUGGAGGUUAUAUGGAGCUUGUAUGCGCCCAAGGCAUCAGAUGUUGAGGCUAGGAAGUCUCGCUGGAUCCGCCCUGUGGUGCAGGAGACGGAGGCUUGGUCACUCCUUGAUGACCGCAUUUUGACCCAGACGGAUUUCCGUACUUGUCUGAAGCUGGUGAUAGAGGCGCGGCUGAACAGAGAGGGCGUGAUCGCCAUCCCCAGCCACGUGCGCGCCGGGGUGGAGGAAGUGUCCAACGCCGAGGAAGCCAUGGAGAAGAUUGAGAAGUACCUGCUGGAGAGGAAGGCUGAGAAGGAGAAAAUAGAGACGACUGCGCCACAAGUCUCUGUGUAAUCUGGUGGCUGUGCCUAUGACCUGAGAACCACUGUAUAGUAUAUACAUUCCCAUCCAGUCGACACAUAUUGGGAACAUGCUCGAGCUCGAAUCAUUUGUUUGUACGUUUAACGCCGCACUCAGCAAUAUUCAAGCGGUGGUCUGUAAUAAUCGAGUCUGGACCAGACUAUCCAGUGAUUGGCGUCA